GAAAAAAUUCGGGUCCUGGAAUGUGAUGUUUGAACAAAAAUGUUAUCCUCUUCAGGUUAAGAUAAAACAGAUAUUCAUUGGACCACAGUUACGAUGGCGACCGCAAAUAAAACCCCACCUGGCGCAGACCCUAAACAGCUGGAACGCACCGGCACCGUAAGGGAGAUCGGGUCUCAGGCCGUUUGGUCACUGUCGUCUUGCAAACCUGGAUUUGGGGUAGAUCAGCUGAGAGAUGAUAACCUGGAGACCUAUUGGCAGUCUGAUGGCUCCCAACCUCAUCUUGUAAACAUUCAAUUCAGGAGAAAGACAACAGUGAAGAUGUUGUGUAUUUAUGCAGAUUAUAAGUCAGAUGAGAGCUACACUCCAAGCAAGAUCUCUGUCAGAGUUGGAAAUAAUUUUCACAACCUUCAAGAGAUUCGGCAACUGGAGAUGGUAGAGCCAAGUGGUUGGAUUCACAUCCCUCUUUUGGAUUUGAAUACUCCGAUUCGAACCUUCAUGAUCCAGAUCGCCGUGUUGGCCAACCAUCAGAAUGGCAGAGACACACACAUGCGACAGAUCAAAGUUUACACGCCUGUAGAGGAGAGCUCCAUCGGCAAAUUCCCGCGAUGCACCACAGUGGACUUCAUGAUGUAUCGCACCAUCAGAUAACAAAAGCAGUGCUCAAUCACAAUGCAGCCAUGCAAACUGAAGACCCUGGUGACUGGGCAAGGCUUGA